AUGGUACGACCAGAACUUAAACUAUUCAAGAAGCCAGAAAAGACUAGGCAAAAGCAAGAGUUGGUCGACUUUCUUCGUAUUCCAUCAAAUAUAAUAACAGAUUACAUCAAUCGUUUGAAUCAAUGUAAUUGUCGAGAUGUUGCAGCUGCAGCUGAUAUCGAUGGCAACAACAAACAACAUCCAUUAAAACAACAGAGUACACAACAACAACAACAACCUGGUGCAAUUAGAGAUCUUUUUGUUAAGUUCUUGCAGACCGACAAUCAGAACGAUCAAUCAAUAUUUGUAAAGAGAUUGGAGAGUACAUUGUCAAAGCGUGCGACAGACUUGACAUCGACACCGACUCCCCUGCCACCAACACUCAUCGAUACAAUCGUCAACCUAUGCCUCUACAUCCUGUUCGAGCUGCGCAGCUCUAACUUGCAGAUCAACAAGUCGCUCACAUGUGUGUUAAACGUACUUGUCGCGACGGGCGACUCCCCGCACUUGAGCGCGCUACUCCAGCACCUCGACGAUGUACUGCCAACAGAUGUCGAUCAAACAAUUAUAUAUCAUGCACAUGCUCUGACCAUCUUGGUCGAGCUCAAGCAUGCCGCGGCGUUCUUUGCUGGCGACGGAUGCCUGCGGUCGGUCCGCGCGCUGGCGCACCUGCUCACCACACAGUUGACCAGCAUGGAGAAGAGUGGCACGCUCUAUAUGAACGACUUCUACUCGGACUGCGAUUACACCCUUCGUGCACUUGUCGCCCUCUUUGGCGCGUUCAAACCAUCGAUUCAGACAUUGGUGCGCAGUCACGCACAGCCCAUGCGAGCACUCAUUAGCGCGCUAGAUCGCAUACUUGUCGCGGCACAAUACCCAAAGCAGAUCAUCGCAUUGACAGCCUAUCUGCUCACCGAGUGCAUCACCCUGGCAGCGACGAAUGCGAGCGAUCUCCAGCAACAGGUCAUUGGACAUUUCAUUCGCGAAACCCCAUCCACACUCGAGCUCUUCCUGGACGCUAUGCUGCAGAUGGAGCACGGCGCCUAUCUCUUGCGCUUCAACAUCUAUCCACACUUAAGCCGCGUGUCCGUCUUCCGUGGACUGUGUCUCUCUAGCCAGCUGGCCUGGCUCACCCAGCCCCUCAAUGAUACUGCCAACGAAUCAUUGUUCCUCAAUCACAUAUACCUCGCGCUCUGUGACUCGUGCACUAGCGCCGUCGACGUGUUUGGCCGCGUCGCCUCGCUCGAGUACCUGCAUCUCUGGUACGAGACCCUCCUCGCGCUGCUCAACCAGCUAUCGCAACCCACUCUCCAAUCAAUCGUGCACAUUGAGUACGACCUGUUCUUCAAGGACUACCUCAACCGCGCAUUGGACAUCAUCUUUAGCAACUGGGAGUCGACCAUUUCAUCCGUGCCAACACAGCUCAAUGACAUCUUUGAUUGUUUGCUCGACGUACACUAUCGAUGCACAGCAGGCGGCGCCUCUGGUACUGGUUCAUCCUCAGCUUCGACACAUGGACAGCUCAAAGAAUCGGGCACGGCCCCGGCAUUCAUCCCUGACAUCACAUGCCGUCUGAUCGACGAGCCUUGGUCCCAGAAGGGCAAGUACGCACUGCUCAAGUCGAUCGUGGACCGCGAGGGCGCACUCUUCAUGUUCACACUGCGCGGCAACUUCCUGCGCGACGUCCUUGUGGCAAUGAGCGAUCACACCAUUUGCAACUCUGCCAAGGGCUUCUUGGAGCAACUGAUGGAGGCUUUGAAGAAGGAGGUCAGCAAGAGGAUACGCGCUGACAGUCGUCUGCAGGGCGAUGUCAAGAAGCAGGACGAUGCGAUCCAGGAGGAAUGCGAGCUAUUUUGGUUGGUGCCACUGCUCAAUGUGCUGACUGAGGCGGACGACGCUUCAUGCGCCAAGAUCAUCAUGUACGGCACGCCAAGCUUCCUCAAGGUAUUCCCACAGUCAUUGGUCUCGAUACUGGACGUGCUCAACAAGGACUCGACAAACAGACAGCUCACCUCUGCCACCCAACAUCUUGUGAUCGACAACAAUGUAUCAUUGCGCAUCUCACUCUCUGUGCUCAACACUGCACGUCAACUUAGCAUCCUCGAACUUGGCGAGAUACUCAAGAACAACUACAACACAAUCAAACGAUCACUCUAUCAUCAAGACGACUCACUCAGGAUGAUUGGAUUGGAGCUGGUAUGUGUCUCACCAAAGAAUACCGAGAGACCAACGAGGGUGGAGAUCAGACUUCUCAAGAAGUUCUUGUCGCUCGCGCUCAAGUCUUCAUCACCAUUCAUUCGCAAUCACACCAACUCAAUUUUGGAGAAGUUCUGGUUCAGAUUGCGCGAGAGCUAUUCAAAGGUGUUCAGGACAACACAGGUCAAUAAGAGCAAGGGCUUUGCCGGACUGGCCGGAGAGGCAGCACAAAAGGAGGCCGAACUCUACAUGUCCAACGAAGAGUUGUCAGACUUUUUGAACUGGUGCGCAUCACUAUUCAUAGCUUCACUAUAUCCAGGCGCACCAUAUCCACGCAAGAUGCUACCACUCGAUGCAUUCAGCAACUUUAUCGAUGCUUGGAGCGUCGAACAGUUCAGCGAGAAGGUGGCCGUGCUGCCACUGCUCAAGUGGCUACAAGAGCGCUCGACCGUGUUCUCGAGCCAGAACACAUUGAUCCUGCUUCACAAUCUUUGGGACCAGUACGACAGGUGCCGCGAGGUCGCCAGCUCGGUCCUCUUGCGUUUCCCCUCGCCCUUGCCAGGUUUCUCUGAAGAGAGACCAAUCCAGGCGUUGGUCAUGUGGGGACUCAAACUGGCUUGCAGCCCCAAGGCACGUGAGUGUGAUACAGGCGCAAUGGUCCUGCGUCUCUACAUGGACAAGUAUGUCAAGCGUGGCGUGUGUGUCCCAACCUUUGACGUGACCACAUCCGAUCAACCACCUGUGGUCCUCUCGUCGAUGCCUCCCAACGAUGCCAUCAUUCACUUCAUUCGCCAGAUCACCCGUGUGCUGCGAUCACAAGUGUCUGUAGCCAAUCACAAUCUGUUGGAGGCAGCCAAGUGUGCGCCCAUGCACGGACUCAUCCUGUCCAUUCGUUAUCUCUUGGCGUCCAGCGUGGACUUUGCCAAGAUGGAGUCACAGCCACAACAAAAGGAGAAGCUGCGUGGCCUUGUAACAGAGCUCGUUGAUCUCAUGUUUGCCAUCUCCACCAUCGUCCUUCGCGUGGUGGCUGACUCUGCGCCAGAGGGCUACACGCCCUCACAGGAUACGGCGCUUGGCUCAUUCAUUCCCAAGUCCCUGCCAAGUGGCAUACUCUACGACGAUGACGAGCGACUGGCAUCACGAUUCGCCACACUGUCCACAAGCGAGAAGGACAGCACGACGAUGGAGGAGCUUCUGGCACAGGUUGGUGGAAGUGGCCCGGGCGACACAGAUGACCAAGAUGGCGGUGGCGACGAAGCCGACGACUCAUUCUUGCCCGAAUCAUCGGAUCAGCUUAAGGGAUCAGCCGGUCAGAUCAUCACCGUUUGCUCAUGGCUCUCAAUGAAGCAGCUGAGCUUGUGUCUUGGCACCAUUCUGGACCGCGUCAAAUUCCCCGCUUCGAUGGACUCCAAGCCAGAGGACACAUUGCUGAGCGUGGAACAGAUCAGCGAGAUUGGAAAAUCAUUCGUACACAUCCUGUUGAACACGCGACACAAGGGUGCCAUUGAGAAGGCCUACCUCGGAUUCCAGGUUCUGUGCUCGCGCCUCAUGGGCUCUACCCACCCCACUCUCUACGCCCUACCAGCCAGCUGGAUCGAGUCUCUGUUCAAGCGCGUCCAAGAGCAGUCACUCAGCAUCACACGUCGCUCAGCUGGUCUGCCCUUUGCAUUCACCGGUCUGCUCACAGGCGAGUCUACACAUCAAAAGAAGAUCGCUGGUCCCCUCUUGCAGUCAGUCAUCUCACAGCUACUCAAACUGGCCAAUGGUGGCGACGACACAGACAACAAGGAUAUUAUUGAGGAGGUUGGAGCAGCCGAGAAGAAGGUGUAUCUGCCACAGGUACACUCAAUCAACAUUCUGCGCAGCAUAUUCAGGAACAAGACAAUGACGAAUGAGCUCGAUCAACAUUUUUCCGAGACUAUGAUGGCUAUCGUGCGCGCAUACUCGUCCCCAUCGUGGUCCGUUAGGAAUGCUGCCACGAUGGCCUUUAGCACAAUGGUGGACAAGAUCGUUGGAGUCAAGAAGGUGCGCGAUGAGACCAGUCAUCUAAACACCACAACCUUCCAUUACUUCUUUGGACACAUGCCAGCCCUUCAUCCCUUCCUACUCGAGCAUUUCGGUCGCUCACUGGACGCCAUCAACGCGGCCAAGGGUCAGGCACUGGGCUCGGACCAGAUCCUACAAUCCAGUAUCUACGCCAUUCUCGUGCUUUUUGCGCGUCUACAGCCCUCCAACAUGUCCAACCCAGCCGACACGCUCUCUCCCACGCCCUUCAUCCCCUACAUCAGUCAAUGCUGCUCGUUCUCCAACUUCAUGGUGCGCCAAAUCGCUGCCCGCGCUCUUGUCCCAUUCAUUGCCUCACGUGAUGUCCUCCCCUUCAUCAGCAACCUCGUUGACUCAAUCAAGUCGCCCUCUGAAGCCGCUGGUGACUUUAACAUGAUACAUGGUGUACUGCUACAGAUCUAUCACUUGCUGCAUGCUCACAUCCCCAGUGUGCACUCGAUCAAGGAGCGCGAGGCAAUGGUUGUGGCUGCCGUGCUGGCACUGCGCCCCACACUCUGGAUCGUCAACCAACGCAUUGUACCUUUGGCCUACGUCAUAAUCCUCAUCUUCAACGACCUCAACACGUACCUGCAGCACAUCGACCUGUCUGCCCAGGACGGCCUGGUCACGAUCACCCUUCAGGAGAUCAUCCAGCAGGCACUGCUUGCACUGCGCAUGUCACACAAGUCAGCUUGUGAUCACAAGGAGUUCAGUCUGCCACUGUUCAGUGCCUAUAUCAAGGAGGCUGGAUACAUUGCACUGCACACGAUCGACACCAUCCUGGUCAAGCAGCCCGAGCCGCCCAGAGACCUCAAGAUGACAGUCCAGGAGUCGGCGCAACAGUUGAUUUCGAUGCUGAUGCACUCUGAGUAUGAGAUACGUUUAGAAACAAUCAAGUACCUGUUGCGAAACAUUGAUGACAUUAUCAAGUGUGAGGUGGUAGACAGGCUGGCGAUCCAAAAGUUGAUGCUACACAUGUUGGACAGCGAGACCAACCUGCCAUGUCGCAAGCGCGCCCUUAGGAUACUUCCAAGGCUUGGACUCGAUCUGCCCCUGGACGGUGGCAAGCUGCUCGACCUCCUACACAGCAUUGUGAUGGGCAAGAGUGGAAUCAAGAGCGACGCCAUCAUACUCUUUGGUCACGCCUACAAGCAACUCAUCCUCUCCUCAACAGCCACAACGUCGUCUGAGAUGAACAACAGAUGGUUUGAGAUGCUCAAGAUGUUCUCCAAUUCGGACCAACCUCAUGAGCUGCGACUGGCGAUCACCGAAGCAAUCAAUGCUGCCUCGGCCAUACUUUCAAAGAUUGAGGACAGUCGCGUGGCCAUUGAGAUGUGGCUGGCACUAUCCACACUGCUCGAGGAUGAUGAGGAGAGCAUUCGAGAGAUGGCCGCUAUCAACACGUGGAAGAUACUCAAUGCCUCGCGAACCCAGACACAGGCGCAGACUCAAGACUAUCACUUCACAUGCGAUGUCACCAAAUCAAUGGAGAGCAUUCACUCACAUCUUGUCAAGACCUUUGCUAAUGAUGCCUAUCUCGUGCAGAGGUACAAAGCUGUGCUGGCCAUGGGCGUCUUCCAUUUGGACAACAUAUUCGCCAGCGAGUUCAGGAGCUCUGUCGUCUUGUUUGACAAAGAAGAGGACAACUACUACCACGAAAAGAUGGUCACACUACAGAUCAUCGCUAAUCACAUGUGCGACAUUGUUUCCAACACAACAGAGAACAAGAAUGAUGAUGAUUGGACCAAACAUCUACUUCUCGAGACCAAGCGCGCAAUGCAGUACACCACAUGGAUCAGAGAGACGAGUGAGGCCAACAAACAAUCAGUUUGGAAUCAUUGGCUAACAUACAAUCAAGAGGUGUUCCUUCCACUGUACAUGUGUCUAUGCUCAAUCCAUGCGAUGUUGUCCAACAAUACACUGUGCAAUCAACACGCCAAUCACAUUGCCAAGUUCAUUCAAGACACUGACACAGUGUUCCAAGCAGUCCCAACACAUCCAUUGCUCACUGACCUACUCUACAAACUACACACCAAGUUUGUCCAGUCCUCCGCCACAUCAACUACUACCACUCCUCCAAGAUCCAGCCAUUACGAUCAAUUGAACAUGUAUUUCCUGACUUCAUUGUCCAAUAAAUAA